UUCAGAGCACACGCCCAAAUUUGGUAACUUUGCGUGUUGCAGUUUGAACUCAAUAAAGGACCCGUUUUUUAACGUUUAAAGAACAAGUGCGACCACGAACUUCGAGCAAAACGUCCUCCGAAUUGUAGGUUUGGCGUCGUGAGUUUGAGACGCUUGUGUUUAUGGCAAGUGAAUCGUUUAUGGAGAGCUCCCUGCGCCGGUCAUCAAAACUCGGACAGGAUGUGCUGGAGAAAGCAAAGAGACGGUCCAUUAAGUGGCCUAACGUUAGUGCAAAUCCAUCACCCAUGUUCAUUCACAACAUACACUCAGAGAGAAACUUCUCCCAUGCAAACCUGGACCAGGCUUUUGCAACAAUAGUGGAGUACAUGGCAGAAACUACAAGGCAGUGCAAGGCGUUUUACAAGUCAGUGCACCAGGCUGAGCCCAACGACCGAGAACAUAUCUGUCGCUAUCAUUGCCAGGACAUGUUUAAAACCUCUGACCAGAAACAGAAUGCUGCUGUAACCAUCGACAGAGAUUUUGGUACAUCAGAGGAUUUCUUUAUUGAAGUUUCUCCGGGAACUUAUUCCAUCACAGCAGCCAUGCAGGACACAAGGCCAGUAACCAAAACAGUCCGCAUCACCGCCGGGGAAAGCAAGAGUCUUCGGUUCAAUCUCUGAAUAACAUCCCCUUUGCAUUUUUAUGAAUGAGAGACAUAACAAUUAUUGCACUAAAAUUGUAAACGAUGACUUUGCAAUCUGAUUCAGAGUAUUUUUUUAUCUUGUGCUUGUUUUCUACUCGUAUAUUUAUAUGUUAUUUUAAAAUGUAUUUUUAGGAAUGAAUGCCUUAAUGAUUUGUGAAAAUGUACUUUUACUUUGUGUAUUCCUCCUACAGAUUAAACAUUUUUAAUUAA